CAAUUGGCCCGUCUUUUGCCAACCACCGCGUCUUCAAUCCAUGACGGCCACACGAAUUACAGAAACAGCUCACCUACCUACUAUGGUGUAGUCUAGGUACCCAUGAGCUUCGGACUUUGCAUUUACAAAGUACAUCAGCCACUGUAGGCUGACUCAUUUAUAUCAACCUCGAGUCGCCCGAUUGUGAUUGUAACAGUUUCCUCCCAUCGUUCUUUAGAAGGACGAGAGAUAGAGAUAUCAAAGAAACACCAAUCACCACACACCUUACUACGGAGUAACACAUCUAGCCAACGUGGAAGUGUCUGCAAACAGACGAAAAUUGAACUUUUGCACGCCGCUCUCUAUUCGGACCACUUCCCCGCAAGGGAGCGACCACGGCACCGUUCCUCGAUCCAAGCACAUACGGAAUAGGCUUCAGUCAUUUUUAGUCUCUAAUUCUCGAAGGCGAACCAAUCAAACCGAACCGACGGCUCGAUAAACCCCGUAUCGCGGUGCCUACCUCGUAUAGCCCAAUCCCAACAUGUGUGCGUGCGUCAGUCUGGCAUAGCUAGUUGUACUUGGCUUUUGCACGGUAUUACGGGUGCAUACCGUUUUUGUCGACACAUUGUGCGCGUCUGUUGUCGUGUCUGUGGUCUAGCCCAAAUCCUGGGCUGAUACCUUUUACGGAGAAAGAGGGCACACAUCACUGAGCCUACUCACAUGAGUUGCUGUCCCAAGAAACCAGAGCCUGUCCAAGGAAAACGGAUAUACAUAUACGAUUGACAGACGAUCUUUAUAUUUUUAUCUGGAUCCUGAUCCAUUUUUGCCAGUCCUCUCUUAAACUUUGUCAAGUUCACCUAUCUUUUUUUUUUUUUUUUUUUCAAUUUGUUCCUUUCUUUUCCUUGGCUACUGAGGACGAGGUUGCACGCUUGAAACCCCUCCCCGGCUCCCACAAGUCCGGCAUAGCCAAGAAGUACACGACAAAUCCGAGCGACUUGGCCGCGACCCCAACAAUCCGCUUGGGUCUAUUUACAAUUUUUCCUGACGUCGUCAGGUUCUAGUCCUGUCAGUAGCACGACUAAUCACGACGAUAAAACGGGGAAAAGGGGGAUAAAAAAGAAAACACCCACACAGUGGCGUCUACUGGCCUUGCGAGGAUACAAAAUAAGAAGAAAGAUACAACAGUUUACGGAGUAAAGUCCAGACUCCAAAAAAGAAGCAGCGAGGAGGAGCUAUUUAGCAACAACAUUGGCUCGGUACAUCUCGAUCCCAGCCACGCGAGACAGACUUGCCCUGUUUUGAUUUGAAUUCCCGCCAUCUGCGACAAGCCAGGAGGAUCCACAGGUCCACGCAACCCCCGAUUCAACUAAGUUUUUCCCGUACGUUCUCAAGUUCUCACUGUUUACUCACAGUGGUGGUAGUCAUUUGUCUCGACUCGACAAACGGCGCAGACCCAACCACCUCCACUCAUUGGCACCCUAGUUUGGCGUGUUUCCUGCGGCGCGACAAAAAAGCCCGACCCUCUUUUGAUUGCGAAUGCCUCAGAGCUUCUGCGCACCCAUGUCAGCGUCCUGAUACACUCUGUCGCCCCCAGCUUUCCAUCGAAAAUUGGACCCAUAUUCGCGAAUUGAACCCUAGUCAAGGACCCAGAGACAGCCCCAGGGUCAACAGAUAGUAACACCAAAAACGUAAAUAGAACCCUGGCGCCGCAUCCGCGACCCCGUUCUUUAAGAUGUCAACUCCCCAGAACCACCCACUUCCGCGACCUCCCCCGGUCCCGCAGCACGACGGCUUCUACGACGACCAGCAUAAUCACUACUACCAAUCGCAGUCAUCAGACAGUCAGCCUUUGCCGCCGCCGCACCAGGAGCAGAGUUAUUCUCCCGAAACCCAAGGUUUUCCGCGCUUGAGUUCAUACCCCUACCAACCGCCACAGCAACAGCCACAGCAUCACCGUCAGCAGCAAGGCCCGCUGCCACCCGCUCAUCAGUCUCACCAUUCUGGAUCAUCAAGAGGUCAUCAAGGUCUUGAAGACGACCGCCCACGCUCCAGACCCCGAACUUUCAGUUUACGUUCCGACAAAUCUCACAGCAAUAGCGUUGACCUCCACGAAACUCACGCCGAGAAGGAAGCCAGGAGACUCCACAGCAAAGCAGAUCCUACUUUGGCAAUGAACGAGGCGGAGCCAACAGUCGUAGCUGCCACGGUCAAGUCAUCGUUGGCACCGCUACGCAACAUGCAGCAUAAAGAUUACCAGGGAAACGUCAUAGAUGACCCUGAUAGGUCAAACCCCACGCGGAGUCGCUGGGAACGACCUCUGGAUACCAUUCGAAGUUUUGAGGCUGCGAUCGAUGGUAAUUACAGCAACAGACAAUCGGUAAUGAUGCGCUCGGACUCGGAGUCUGUGGCAAAUUGGAACCGUAGGAAUAGCUACUAUGGUAACAAUAAUUAUAGUAGCACGCCAGGCAGCUCGCGGGCCAACCGUUAUCAGUCACGCGACAGCUACUUUAGCCUACGACCAAAUCAAUCAGAAUAUGGUUAUGGCAACGAGGGAGACAUGUCCGCACCCCGAGGAUACAACGGGUAUAAUCACGGGCCGCAGCAGAGAUACUCCAGGAUGGCUUCUGAACCCCAGUACAGCACGCCGAGACACGCUGAACCGGUGUAUCCGAUUCAGUCUCACCACCGUUCUUACGAGACGGUUGCAUCGGGCUCCGGCAGUGGCAUGUCAGGCGAACCCAAUGGUUAUACUACUGAUCCGACCAGCAGCGACAACAGCUCAAUCGAGCGCAUGCAGUCUCCGCCCAAGCGUCAAGCAGAAGCACUUAAUGACUACGGGAUUGGCUUUAGCCAAAGCCCGUCAUAUGCGACGCAGUCGUUCACGGUGGGGGGCGUUACGCCCCAAAACGGGUCCCUGACCAACAACGCCUCCAUCAGCCCCAGUGGGCGUGAUGUCCCACCGGUGGUACCACAAAAGCCAAACACGAUUACGAGGAAGCCCACACAGCAAUCUGCGACUACCAACGCUCCAGAGAGGCCAGCAAUGGGCGAGAAGCGCAAGAGCUGGUUUUCUCGCCGCUUCAGCAAGAACAGCUAAGGGCCCGGUCUCUGGAAACCCACGGGCUGAUACGAUCCCUUUUGUUUUAUUUAUUCGUCGAAAUUUUCUUGACCUUGCUCGCCUUCCUGAUACCCACUAUUCUCUACAAAAAGCUUUUUUUUUUCUCCCCUCGAAACCUUGACCUGGUCCUAAGACCGUGAGGGUAUACGUAUUCGUCUUGUCAUCGGAUAUUUACCAGUCCCACGCUUUCUUCCAUUUGAUAAGAGGAGACAAGAUUCUUAGAUGGCUCGGUUUCUCACUCAAUGUUAAUUGUGGGUAAGGCACUACGGGGCGUCACUGAUAUUUAUGGGAUGGAUGGGUGAGCUAGGCGUUAGAUUGAUUAGGACAUUGAGCCUGGAAGGUCUGGGCCGAGCGGUUUCGCAGCACGUUGGCGCCCACCUGUGGCUAUUGGUACGGAUACUGGCGUGGGACAAGGAAUUUGGCUGGCCGGGAGGCAAAGCGUACAUGAAUGAUGCUUUUAUAUAUUGGUGCUUAAAAUAGAGAAAUUAUCUUGAUUGAAAAUAUGUCCCA